GGAGCCUGGAGACACAGCCUUUCCCUGCCUGAAUAUGGCGAGCUGUAAACAGUGUCCAUCUCAAGAUGUCACUUUCGAAGAAGACAUAGUGAAUAUCAACCCUCCACCCGCCCUCCAGAACCUGGCAAUUCAGAGUCUACUGAGGGAUGAGGCCUUGGCCAUUUCUGCUCUCAGGAACCUACCCCAGAGUCUGUUCCCAGCAAUUUUUGAAGCAGCCUUAAUUGAUGGACAUAUAGGGAUCUUGAAGGCCAUGAUACCUGUGUGGCCCUUCCCAUACCUUUCUUUAGGAAGGCUGAUAAGGAAUUGCAACCUGGAGACUUUGAAGGCUAUGCUUGAGGGAGUGGAUAUACUGCUUGCACAAAAUGAUCGCUCCAGUAGAUGCAAACUCAGAGUGCUCAGUUUAAGGAAUGAAUACCAUACUUUGUGGAGAAUAUGGGGUGGAUCCUAUGAAGGUAAAGGCUUGCCAGAGUUCAUGACACAGCAGCAGCCAGUGGAAAACUGUCCUGACUGUGGGGUGAAUAAAGAAUUGAAGGUGACAACUGACCUCAACCUCCUGGAUGGUGGACUUGAUGAAUCUGCCACAUACUUGUUGCAGUGGGCCCAGCAGAAAAAAGAUUCCAUUCAUCUAUGCUGUACGAUGUUGAGAAUUCAUAGCUUACCCAAAGACAUAUUCAGAGAUAUCCUCAAAAUUGUAAAUACAGGCUGUAUACAGGAGCUUCACUUGAAGGAAUUGUACACAGAAGAGUUGGUUUUUCUUAUACCUUACCUGAGAGAGAUCAACAAUCUUCUUACAUUCAUGCUAAGUAGCAUCAGAGAAACCUACAGAAUGGAUAACUCUACAAGGCUUGAUGAAGAGAAUAUAAGCAGGUUUAUUUCUCACCUUCCCAAAUUCCACUGUCUCCAGAAUCUCUAUGUAAAUGAUAUCACCCUUCUAGGAAACAACCUGAAAGACUUCCUCGGGUGCCUGGGGAAGCCCUUGGAGACUCUUUGCCUCACUUCUUGUGACUUAUCACAGUCAGACUUGGAUUACCUGCCCUGUUGCCAGAAUACUUCUGCACUCAAACGUCUGAACCUGACUGCUACAAGUUUGCGUGGUUUAGUCUUUCGUCCUCUUGGAGUUCUCCUUGAGAGUAUUAGAGAUACACUGCAAUCCCUGGAAUUAGAGUUGUGUUUUAUGGAGGACUCUCAGAUCAGUGCCAUUUUGCCUGCCCUAAGCCAAUGUUCCCAUCUCACAAAGGUCAAUUUCUAUGAUAAUGAACUCUCUCUGACUAUCCUGAGACAACUUCUAUACCACACAGCCAACCUGAGCCAGCUGACCUAUGAGGUAUACCCUGCCCCUCUAGAGUGCUAUAAUGACAUGAAUAUAAUACUAACACAUAAAUUAGAAAAUUUUUGUCCUGAGCUUCUGGACAUAAUCAGGGCCAAUAGGCAGCCCAAUAGAGUCACAUUUGCUACAUCCAAAUGUUUAAUCUGUUGUGGGUCCUACGUUUAUGAUCUGGAGACCCAGCGUUGCCUGUACCAGAAAGAACUACUGGAAGAUUGAUUAUGGAACAAAGAAAUGGAAGCUGAGUAUUAGAAAUGAACAAAAUCGUAAGUCAAUGUCAAUUGCUGAUAGGAGCAUGGAUAUGUCAAGCACCUAAAUGUCUGAGACACAUUGGAAAGGCAAGAUCUUCCUCUGAGCAAGAGAAUGGAUGUUGCAUCUGCAAAAAGUGCCAAGCACUCUUUUCUUCUCUAGCUAUUGUAGUUUGAGUGUGUCAUAAUAGGGGCACCCUUCCAUGAGAAGAGUGUCCCCCUUUAUUAAGUGCAUACAAUAAAUGUGUUGACUUUC